AUGGCUGAGAUUGGCAAUCACUCUGCUCCAUAUGGCAUCAAGUGGUAUGUUACUGUCACUCACGAUGUUCACGAGAAGAUGGAACAUGGUCAAAUCUCACCCGAUGGCUUCUUGUCAAACUCUGCUGCCCCAGAGCUUAUGAAUAUGGCAGGAGAUGGUAUCCCGCCCGACCAAGUGGAUUCCCUGUCUGAUGAUUUCACUAGUCUCAGGAAAGAUGACCUGAUGCACAGUCCUGGUAGUAAUGCACUCGUAGGAGGAACCAAGAACUGCAGUGUCUCUGUAGAUGAUCGAAAAGUCUCGGUAACGUCUGCUUUGGAAACUGGGCCAAAUACGUCGCAAAUAACUCCUGCUAUGGCACAAGGAAUCAAUGCUGAUAUAAAACACCAGUUAAUGAAGGAAGUUCGAAAAUUUGGACGAAAGUAUGAAAGAAUUUUCACUUUGCUUGAAGGAGUGCAAGGACCUCUUGCAGUGAGGAGGCAAUUUAUUGAAUUUACCAUCAAGGAAGCUGCAAGGUUCAAAAGACGAGUCUUAAUUCAGUACCUUGAGAAGGUACUAGAAAAAACAGAAUGCCAUCACCUUCUCAACAACGUUAAUCACAUCAACAGCAGAUCAUGA